AUGGCCGACAGCACCAGCUGGCUGCGUAGAUUCCAGCAAUCUCGCGCGCAACCUCCCAAACAACAACCGCAGCCCAUCAUCACUUCUACUUCGGAGGAUAGCUUUGUCACAAGUGUAACGACCAUCGACAGAAGUGGGAACGCCUCGCCUUUAUCCCAUCCUGCGGCAAUCAGCAAACACCACAUCAAUGGCGGUGGCAUCCGCGUAGUCAGCAACGCCGGGAGCGGAAACGGAAGCGGGAGCGGGGGAAUCGGAGGUAACGCCACCGGGACCGGACCACUACCGCAAAUGCCGCCGCCGCCGCCGCCCAAAACCCCCACAGCGGGUGUCUUCUCCUCGGGGGCUUCAACAGCAAGCUUACGUCGACCAUCACUGCCUCAUCAGAAAUCGCCAAGUGAUAGCAAUGUUAACGGCACAAGCAACCGAUUACUGAGGUCGAGGCCGUCUGCAACUUUCCAACGAGUCUCAAGUUUGCUUAAUCUCGGAGGAGGAGGAAAUGGAACGAAUUCGCCCUCGGCCACCGCCCCAUCGUCACCCUCGUUUUCUUCCGGACGACCUCGUGAGGGAAGCGGUGGCAGUACCAGCCGCUUUACCUUCUUCCGGCCCCUGACGCCGAGUGCUGCGGCAGCACCGGCACCGUCGCUGAGUGCGCUGCCGCUUAGCAAUUGGAGUGCAACGAAUGGAGAAGAUGAGGACGACUGGCUUGGAGGACUGAGGCGAAAUGCUGCUCGGGAAAGCCCCUGGCAUAAUCCCAACUUGAUGCAGAUGGCGGAGACGUUGCAGGCGGUUAUGAUGACGAAGGGGGACUCGAUGGCUCCUCUUCCUGUUCAAUAUAACUCGCUUGUCCACAACGUACUCGAGGGCUUCGCACACCUCACAAAGCGGUUGCAGGCCCUAGAGCAAGAGCUAGCUGAGCUCAAGAACCUUCGAGAGAAGGAACUCGAGCAGUUUCGAGGAAUCAGCGAGGAGUGGAUUCAACGGGAGGACGGCUACAAGGCGGAGAUCAAGCGGCUCGAAGUCGUACUGGCUAAGGAGAGCAAAGAUGGCCUGGCAAGCGUUACGCUGGCGAGGCAGGACACGCUCAUUGAUCGGUCAGGCAGCAAGAGGUUCCAGGCGAGGUUGAAGAGGAUGAGUACUACCGCUGACCGGGAUCGAGCAGGAGAGAGCGAUUAUGAUGAGGACAAGGUGGUGAACGAGCGCUUUGGAGGUGAGACUACCAGGGAUGGAACUCGCUAUGGGAUAAGAGAGAGCUCCCUGCGUAACCUUCCAGUGGACAAUGAUGUCCGCAUCAGUCAACUGGUAAAGAAACGAGCGGCGGAGGACAAGCGGCGGCGUAGAUCACAAUUGCAGCACUCUAUGGUUCCUUCUCCUCCUUCUGUAGAAGAGACUCUCGUUGAUUCAUUAUCGUCACUGUCGCCUCCGUCACCAACCAAGCCAUACAGUGGCCCUCGAUCGAGCCAAAACCAAUAUAUGGGCUCCGUAAACAGCCAAAUCUACAGUCCCUCCACAUCCAGUAGCUCCACCGCGAGUACGGCCUCACCAGAGGCAAGCCGUAGCUUGUCUCACAGGCGCAACAUCAACAAUCUCGUAAUCGAAACCGGGGACGUAUCCACGGCCGUGAAUCCACGACAACGGCGCAUCUUUUCGUAUAUCGAAGGCGAGGCCGAGGUGCUGGGAACGGCCAAUACUGCUUCAGACGAUCGCCAGCACCCAUUUCAAGACUAUUAUGAGUUUGCCAACACACUCAGACAGCAGGAGGGCCGGAGUGAUACACAACCGCUAGCCGGUACAAAUGGCAUUGACUUACCCGACCGUAACUCAACGUCAAAAUUGCUCACAACAGCGGAAGAUUUUAUGAACAAGCCAUCAUCAACACGCCCAGCGGAAGAAGACUCGACCACGUCCUUCAUGGGUACUUCUUCAAAAUCCAGUAACCUCACAGGCCUCACUCCCUCCAACUCCACCGGCUCAGUGAUCUGGGUAGGAAAGCGCAACAGCAGAGCAGCAGCCGCUGCGGUCACCUCCUCCUCCGCGGCUGAGGUUGACCAACCCAGUUACUACGAGACGAGUGUCGGAGUCGGCGUCGGCGGCGGAAAUUACGAGCUUGGAGAGAUAACCAGCACUACCGCGGUAGAAGUACCCAGCACAAAAUACUACCACUACAGCCCGACGAUGACAACGGCGACGGCCACAAGCCCAAGACUAGCACCAGAACUUGGACCAGGAUCAGGAGCAGGACCGACCAUACCUCCCCGGACUACCUCCCACCAGCAGCAGCAGCACAAAGUCGGAAGUGUAAGUCCUAUCAAGGACAGGUUUGAGCAGCUGUUUGAGCAGCAGAAACAGCAAAAACAAUCACAACCUCAGAAUGAGACGAGUCCCGCCCGUGUGGCAGCGGCUCAAAAGGGAGACAAAGACACAACAAAGUCUCCGAUGAACAAGAAUCACGUCUCAGCGACAGUGGCAAUGUUUAAUGAAGGGACUUAA